GUUUAUUUAUAGAGAAAUAUAAAUUUAUAAUUAAGAAAAAAAUGUAAUACUUUUUCUAGUGAUGUUGGAUUAGACAUUAACCAUCCAGAAGUUUGAACACGAAUAAUACUACUAUCUGACCUUAAAACUUAAUAGAAAUAUUAUUCUACAAAGUAUAUUUAAUCUUAUAAGAUUAUUAUAUGCAUAUAAAAGUUGUGGAUAUGGAUAUGCCCAAAGAACAUUAACUAAAUUGAUUCUUAUAAGAAAUGUUGUGGUGGCAGUUCUUUUACCAAUAAGAUGAUUAUAAUGGAAGAUAACCGAUCAAUGACCUUUCACUCUUCCGAAUUGUCAUCAACUAUGUUUCACAAACUGUAUGAACAGAAAAGAACCAACCGCUUUUGUGAUGUGACUCUCUAUGUUAAUAACAAGAUCCUAAAAGCUCAUCGUAAUGUUUUAGCAUCUAGCUCUCCAUACUUUGAUUCAAUUUUGAAGCACCAUAAGGUCGUUAAAGAGCAGCUCACUGUGAACUGUUUAGAUAGUGAAAUAUUUACCAAUUUAUUAAACUACAUGUAUACUGGAGAAAUAACUAUAAAACAUGCGAAUGUAGAAGAAUUGCUAAAACUUGCUGACCAUUUUAUACUCACGAAAGUAAUAGAGUAUUGUAUUGAGUUUUUAGGAACAAAAUUAAGCCUAGAUAAUUGUUUGUUUACAUACUUCUUAACACAAAGGUUUAAACUAAGGCAUUUAGGAAAUAUUGUUGAGAACUGGAUAUCUAGUCAUAUUGAUAGUGUAUGUGAAGGAGAGGAAAUUGGAAGAUUGAGCUCAAAGGAGUUACAGGAUUUUUUUAGAAAUAAGAACUUUAUACUAACAACUCAAAAAGCCCUUGUGCUGCUUUCAAAAUGGAUGUUACUUGACUUAGAAAGGAGGGAAAAGUAUUUUGAUAAACUAGUCAGAUGUUUUUAUACUAAUAACUUUGAACCAGCAGAAGUUUUUAAACAUUUGGAUACUUGCAUUUUGUAUACUAAGAGUGAAAUAUGUUUGUUUAGAUUUUUGGAUUACUUGGCCCAAAAUAAUUGGACUUUAUCAAGCUUUAAGACCAGAUAUGAAGUCUUGCAGGCUAAAUACGGACAGAUUAAUGAUUCCAAACAUCCAGAACCGGAAAACAUGAAACCAGAUAGGAUUAUUGUAUCAGAAAAAUGUGAAAAUAACGUUAAUCAAAAUAUACUAAACUCUAUUAAGGUGAAGGCUAGGCUGAAGGAUCAAAAAAGACUGAUUUUGAAAAAACUGAUGCUGUUUGGGCUGAAGCCUAGCCUAAGAAUGGCUGCUUUAAAAAUGUUAACGUGUCGAAAACAACGAAUAAUACUUAGUGACAAUGAGAAAGAAGAGUCUGAAGAUAAUGAUGACAACGACGAGAAGGUUGGCAUCAAAUGUCCAAUAUGUUUUGCCACCAUUAAUGAUAGUUUACUGCUGGAGCAGCACCUUGCUUUAAGCCAUGCGAAAGAUGUGACGUACAAGUGUGGUAUUUGUUCUUUUGUUUGCCAGUAUCAUGGAGAUUACCUAAACCACAUGAAAACACAUUUUACUGGUCCUCCAUUUAAAUGUGAUUAUUGUGAAUUUGGUACCGAUCAAAUUUCAAAGUUAAUUACUCAUAGAGCACAGCACCUGGAUGAAUCAAUAUAUCAGUGCACCUUUUGUUCCUUUAAGUGUCGACAAAAGCAAAACUAUAUUAGCCAUAUGAAAAUCCAUACUCCUGAUAAAACAUAUAAGUGCGAACAUUGCUCAAAGGCUUUUAGAUUUAAGCAGAAUCUAGAAGCACAUCACCUCACUCACUCUAUGGAAAAAAAUUUAAGUUGUGAUACUUGUGGAUUUCACACAAAAUUUCUUAGUAACAUGGUGGCGCACAAACGCAUCCAUUCCGGUAUUAAAACAGGUGAAAUGUUCCGAUGUUCAUACCCCCACUGUAAAUAUUCUACCUCAAAAAAGAACCAACUGGCCGUUCAUUCAAAAACGCAUAAUAGUGGUAGUAGCGCAGGUGGAGCUAGACCUCACGCGUGCUCUGUUUGUGGACGAGGAUUUAUGGAAAAGUCACAUCUUGUUAGACAUGAAAGAAUACAUUUAGAAGAAAAACCUUUUAAAUGUUCUAAUUGCGAUUAUGCAAGUUCUAGAAGAGAUAAGUUAAAAGAACACUUCACUAGACAUCAUGGUGAAAAUGCUUCAGCUAAGGUUCCUUAUAAAGCAAGACCUCUGAGAAAUGGAACUUCUGCAACUUCAAAUACAUCUAGAUCCAAGAGUCAAUCUUCCCAAGAAAGUGCUCCUGCUAUUAUUACAUCGGGCACGACCAACAGUAACACAGUCAAUUUUACACAGACUCCUAGUAGUUCAACAAAUCCAACUCCAACAGUAACUGGUUCGGAAAUUCAGGACUUGGUGCAUCACCAGAAUCAAACGACUUCAAGUGCAGGCCUCAAUGGUGUGGCAUAUCAGCAUCACUUUACAGAACAUGCCGCAGAAUUUCAUCAUGCCCAUACACACGCCCAUAACAUUCACAACCAGCUACUUGCUACAUCGGCUGCCGCAGCUGUGGUAAGCCAUAACCAAAGAUCAGCUGCCGUUGCUAGCGCGACACAUAAUAAUAACCAUGUGAUGUUGGCGCGAUCUAAUCAUUCGACGGCUACAUCUACCGCAGCUGCUGUAGCGGCUGCUAUGAUGUUGGAUCCUAGAUUUCAUCACAAUACACCGAUGACGCAAGUAACAUGUUAUUUAUAAAUCGUUAGUUCGUCCACCGUUGGCUGUAGCGCCACUGUGGAAAACAGGCAAAUAACACAAUGGACAUUCGACACACUCCCGAAGCUUCCCCCGAAGCGACUCCGCGAGCGCCCGAACAGGGUGACCUCGACACAUAACACACCGCUCGGAAAUACUCGAUUAUGUUGAGACGAGAGAGACAACAAAUCGGAAAUCACUUACCAGAAUACGUACCGAAAAAACCUUUCGAGACACUGAAUUAUCGGGGUUCCCAGCGCUAUUA